CACUGACAGAAGCAUUGCUGAGACUCGCAGGGACAGGGGGCACACCAUAACUGAUACCACAACCAGUGUCAUAUACAUAGCGGACACAUAAACACACAAUGACACACAAUCACACUAUGGUAAAUGGAAUUACUCUGUCCUACUGAAUCGUCCUGGACACAGAGGAGACGCUUCUUACUCUGUAUCACCACAUAUAGGUGUCUGUGCCCCAAACAUAGUGAGUAGUCACUCAGACUUCACAAAGUUAUGGAUAUUAGCCUUCACCCUGCAGACUGAAAAAGACCGGAAAGUAUCAGACAUCAGAACGUUUCGACAGAAAGCGAACACAUACCCAGACUUUUUUUUUUUACGAACUGGUAGACAUUCUAGAUAAGACCGGAACAACCCAUCAUGGCUACUUCAUCUUUACGUCGUCAAGUAAAGAACAUCGUCCACAAUUAUUCUGAUGCUGAAGUUAAGGUUCGAGAGGCUACUUCAAAUGACCCCUGGGGACCAUCUGCCUCUCUUAUGGCUGAAAUUGCUCAAAUGACUUACACUGCAGAGUACCACGAGGUCAUGAUAAUGGUCUGGAAAAGACUGAAUGACAGUGGAAAAAACUGGCGCCAUGUUUAUAAAGGUCUGACACUUUUGGAUUAUUUGAUCAAAAAUGGAUCCAACAAAGUUCUGCAAGAAUGUAAUGAGAAUCUUAUUGCUGUACAGACUCUCAAAGACUUUCAGUUCUUAGAUCGUGAUGGAAAAGACCAUGGACUUAAUGUGCGAGAGAAGGCCAAACAGAUAGUAUCUCUGCUGAAAGAUGAGGAGCGACUCAAGCAAGAGAGGGCACAAGCUCAGACAACCCGAAAAAGGAUGUCUCAAGUCACUGCGGCCAUAGACAGCAGCCAUAGGCUAAGAUUUAAUGAAGCUUCCGCUGCAGCCCUUACUCCAGAAUUGGAACAUGCAAGACCCCAGAGUAGUGGGGAGGAAGAACUUCAGUUGCAGCUUGCUUUAGCUAUGAGUAAAGAAGAAGCUGAAAAGAAAGUCCCUUCAGCCCCGAAUGAAGAAGAAGAACUACAACUGCAAGCAGCACUGAAUCGGAGUAAAGAGGAAUAUGAAAAGGAGCAGCAGGUGAAACAGGGUGAAAUAUCGCUGAUCGAGAGGGCUUUAAUAGAGACACAACUUACAGGGGACAAUGAUCAGAAGGAAACUGUAAAGAAAAAUGAGACACACAUAAAUGAUCUGAUUGAUAUAUUCGGUCCUCCACAACCACCUGCGGCAAAUAUCUGGGAUUCCCAAGUUUCCAGUUCUCAUCUAUCCACAGACACAAGCUCCUUCUUUCCAGCCUGGGGACCUGCAAAUCAGAAUUCGAGUGUAGUCACCGCUCCCUUACCUUGGGAUACUGUUCCUCAGAGUUCUCAAUUGAAAGCAGAUAACUCAAGUCAAAGUAUAAUUUUCAGCUCUGAGGAACCAACAGGCUGGCAGGAGCCACAAGUUUUGAAGAGCUCCCCAUCUGAUCCUUGGCGGGAGAGCAAAAGCAGUCCAGAUGAUAUAUUUUCAGCCCUUCAUUCAACUGCAGGUGAAGAUGUCAAACUACCAUCUAUUGGAAAGGACGACAACUCUUUGGAAAUGGACCUCUUUGGAGAUCUUGUACCUACGUCAAAGCUAUCUGCAGACAGGACUAACCUAGAGUCUGAAGACCUUGUCCCAGAUGCCAGUGUCAAAUCUCGCAGUAAUACUCCAGAGUUAUUUUUGGAACCUGCUGCCCGGUCAUUAGUAAACCUGGAUAGGCUGGUGUCUUAUGGAGACAGUGCCAAAGCCAAAAAUCCCUUCUUUUCUGGUCUCAGAGAACCGUCACCCACCAACCCAUUUCAGUACGGAGACCAGAAGCCCUCUCUCAACCAGAUUCGAGCUUCCUCUCCUAUGCCGAGUACAGGAGCGCAAAUGCCGAUCCAGAAUGUCAGUCUGUUGCCAAUUAACUCAAUGGAUAGCGGAAUGAAUAACUUAAGGACCAUUUCUCCAGUUCCGGGAAUCACGGCGCCAUAUACCAUGCCGCUUCCAAUGCAAAGCUUCCCCCCUGCCGUCAGCCUUUAUCCCUCACUGAAUUUUCCAUACACUCCGGUGGUACCAUUAAACCAACUCCCUGCUGCUUUGCCUCAACAGAUACUGCCCAACGCACAAGCUUCCAAUAAUCCCUUCCUCUGACCGGGUGGGGAUCAUUCUGUUAUUUGUAGCUCCAUUUUUUUUUUCGUGCACUCAUUCUACGAGUUCUUGUUGUGGGGAUAAUGUAAUCAUUCUGGAUUAUUACAGCUUACAAAUCAUAAAACAAGAUAUUUUCAAUAGAAACAAAUGAUAGUUGGUGUUGUGAGUUUAAUUAUUUCUAAAAUUAUGAAGUCGUUAUGUGGUAUAUAGGAUUUUAAUGAGUCAUAAUUAUGAAUCUGGGUCACUGCUAAGUGGAAGGGAAAUCGUUUAGGACGAUGAGAUUUAGGGCAACAAUACUUGCCUGUCAAAUUGCUAUUAUUACCGAGUUAAUUAACAUGAUAGCUGAAUCACAGCAAACAAUCAUUCUGCAGUAGGGACAAAAGUUCCCU